ACGGUACGCUUCAAUCCAAUAAGAUACCGCCACGUGGAUCGUAAUUGCAAUAACUAAACGUUCCGAAGCGAACAUCGAAGUUCAACAAACGGGAAGAGAACCCAAUACCAAAAACCUGAACUCUCUCUCUCUAGGGUUUUAGUAUUUGAAAACGAAAAGCAUUUUCUCAGAGCGAUCAUGGCAUCAGCUAGGGUUUUCGGAGCAUUUGCCGGAAGAGUGCUCAUGGCGGCUGCUGCGAAGGGAGCGGCGAAGAAGGCUACUGCGUCAGUCGGAGCUGCUUCCACGAAGGUCGUGAAGAAAACGGUUGCGAGCAAGAGUAACGUAGGCAUACAGAAGGUGGUUCCGGUCUCUUCUGAACUCGGAAAUUUCCUCGGUUCUCCUGAAGUUUCCAGAACCGACGCUGUUAAAAGAGUUUGGGAAUACAUCAAGCUGCAAAAUCUUCAGAAUCCUAGUAACAAGAAAGAGAUCUUUUGCGAUGAAAAGCUGAAGACCAUUUUCGAUGGGAAAGACAAAGUAGUGUUCACUGAGAUUGCAAGAUUGCUGGCCAACCAUUUCGUGAAGUCAUCCUGAAAUUCAGCUCAGGUGGAUUCUUAACAAUGGUAACAUGCUCUAGUACAUUAAGUAGGUCUUUUCAUUGUCAACUACAUAUUUUGUGAUCAACCGGUGAAGAAACUUGGGAAUUUGUAAUAUCUGACCAUUACUUGGGUUUUGAAAGUGGUGUUAUUUUGUCGCACUAUCUUAUCUAUAUCUUUCUUAUAUAUUUCCAAGCCUUAUGCGUCCA